UAUCGAUUUGUGAGUUUCGCACUGGGAUGCACCUUUGAGAUAAGAUUUAGUACUCUAGAAUGCAAUAAUCUGAUAACCACUAAAGGGACAGCAAAACGGAUACGACACGAACAUAACACGCCUUUGGCAAUAGGGAUCUACACUUCAUACAGUGGCAAAACAGUGUUCUUGGAACAGGUGCCCGCUCGUGAGGCGGGUUUGACAGCAGCUGACAGUGAAGAAUUUCUGAAACGUGGGCAAUUCAGCAGUGUAGCCUUUUCAAGUGACGCGCGCCCUUGGACAUAUUAUCCUCCGAAAUGGUUAGGCAGCCAACAAGGAAUGAUUCAUACAAAUCUUCAGAAAUUGGAUCAUCUUAGAACCAUGGGCAACGGCUGAGUCUGUGACGGGGGCUUCUGUGUAUUGACAGUUGCAACGGCUGUAGCGGUUGUAACAGGUGGCUGGUAGUGUACAGCCCACUGUUUACAGUGGGUGACCCCCUGGGGUCAGGCCUUCCGCUGUAGUACUGCUGUCACCUUGCAGAUUGAGUUUAUUUGUUACAUUAUGGUUUUGGUGUCAAAAUGAUUUCCUUCAUGUCGAAGAAAAAGAAGUAUAAAUUCCAAGUUACCCUAGUUGUAGAGGAGCUGUCAUCAAUGACAUUCCCAAAUGGAAUAUUUUUUGCCAAAGUCCGACUGCAUGAAGGAGGGAAUUUCUUGGAUCACUCUUCUCGGGAGACAGUUCGGAACAACAGUGUCAAGUGGAACUCCAAGUUCCCCUUCACGUGCAAGAUGAUGGCCAACGCUACCACGGGGCUGCUAGAAUCUUGUAUAUGUCGAGUGUCUGUACGCAUGGAGGUCCGAGGUGGCAGAUCCCACCAGAAGCUGGGCUUCGUGGACCUGAAUCUAGCCGAGUUUGCAGGGUCUGGGCAGCAGACUCGACGCUUCCUGUUGGAAGGUUAUGAUGACAAACACAGGGUAGAUAACUCCACACUGACUGUCUCCAUCGAGAUGCUACUCAUAUCUGGCGAUCCUGUCUUUAAAGUGCCUAUCAAAGAAAGCCUUAAUGUGCCGGAGAGCAAGGAGGGACAGUCAGCCGAGGGCCGCCUUGGAGACGAGUGCAGUGAGGGCAGUCUGGCCUCCAACAGCAGUGGCUUUGGAAGUCUACCACGGAAAGAAAAAUCCAGUACAAUUACCAGAGAUCAAUCCGACCCAGAAUUUGUUCGCGAGAAGGAGUUUGAGAAGGGCCACUCGCGGAGUUCGAGUUAUGCAAGCCAGCAUUCACGGGGUUCAGGGUACGGCUCUCUCACGCACAGUAGGCAGUCGAGCGCCGGCAACGAGAUCUCUAGCACUCACGUCAGCCUUCCAACAAUGCAUCUUCCAGACACAGCGUCUACUCCGAAAUUUCAGCGUUGUAACUUCCUAACUCCUAGCACGGGGUCAUCGCUAGAGUGGAAGGCGGAGCGGCGGAGAAAAAUGGAGGAGUCUGGGAAGGAAUUGCGGGUGGACCAGACGCGGGUGAAUGCCGAGGCGUUGGUGGACGAGCUUCUCCAGGGAACAGAUCUUGGACCGGUGGAAAAGGAUGAGGAAUCUUCACAAGGUCUUCAGCUGAUUGUCAGUAAAGAUGGAACCACUGCCCUCUGGUGAUGAAACUCUUCUUCAUGUGAAUUGUCUCCCUUUCGCCACAUAGAAAACUUCAUGCAUUGACCUGAAAGCAACGAUACGGCUGCCAUUGUGUUGACCUCAUCCAUCCUAGAGGGCUUUUAAACACUUCAGACUUUGUAUAUAUGGGAACAAGCUUGGAAGAUAGCAUUUUACAAUGUGGAUAUUUUUUACAGCUGUCUUAUUUUAUAACUGAAAUCCGUCUGUGUAGGAGGAUGUCCUGUGAUGUUUCCUGUCAACUUAUGUUCAGUCAUCGUCGAUACUUCAAUACCUGUGAAGAUGUACAGCUGACAUGCAGUGUAGAGAUGAUGUGUGUCUAUUCUAAGUCCAGCAAGGAAGGACAUGGGUGACUAGAACUCAUGAAGUCAAACAAACCCUACUCUGUGUGUGUGUGUUUAAUGAGAACACUUCCGCAGCCGAUAUUGAGGCUGCCUGUUGAAUGAGAAAUUUUGCUGUUGUUAUUUGAUCACUGAUUGGUCAGAGCACUGGUCUACCUGACAACUGAUUGGUCAGAGCACUGGUCUGUUUGAUCACUGAUUGGUCAGAGCACUGGUCUAUCUCAUGACUGAUUGGUCAGAGCACUGGUUAGUCAGAGCACUGGUCUAUCUCAUGACUGAUUGGUCGGAGCACUGGUCUUUCUGAUCACUGACUGGUCAGAGCAUUGGUCCAUCUGAUCACUGAUUGGUCAGAGCACUGGUUAUUCAGAGCACUGGUCUAUUUGAUCAAUGAUUGGUCAGAGCACUGGUUAGUCAGAGCACUGGUCUAUCUGAUCACUGAUUGGUCAGAGCACUGGUCUUUCUGAUCACUGAUUGAGAGCUAUAGCUUGUUUCUCUCUUGCUUCGACCAAGCAUGCUGCACUGUAUUUGGUCUUAUGUAUUUACAGAUGAAGGAGAAAUAUUGUUUAUACAGAAUGGGGAAGUAUUGACGAUGAUGUAUAUCUGUUACUGUCUGCCGCAUAUGUAUGAGCCAGUGAUCUUUGAUCAUUUUAGUGCACCAUGUUCCAUUUGGAUAUAUUUGGUCUGGCCAUAAUGUAAAAAUGGGAUUAAUUAGCUGUGCUGUCUUGUGUAACAGCAUUGCCAGGCGUUCUUAGUUGUCUUAGAUGUUCACCCAAAUCUGGCAAUCAAAUUUCCUAAAUAGUAAUUAAAUACAAUUCAGAUUGAUGCUAGUGUUAGAUCUGUCUUUGCAAGUGUGAUUUGAGGGCUUAUAAAGAAGAAGAGUGUUCAGAUUCAUCUCUUGACAUCAUAUGCAGUCAUACCUCUAUAACUCAUUUAACUACAUAUAAGACCGUGUAAAGUCAUUGCCAAGGAUGCAGUUGCAACAGCUAUCUUAGUGCUAUAACUACCAUAAGCCCUAUGUUGAAAUAUGGGAGUUACGGUGAUCUUAGUGCUAUAACUACCAUAAGCCCUAUGUUGAAAUAUGGGAGUUACGAUGAUCUUAGUGCUAUAACUACCAUAAGCCCUAUGUUGAAAUAUGGGAGUUACGAUGAUCUUAGCGCUGCGAUCACUUUGUGCUACGUGGUGCUGGAGCAACCUUGCUUUAUAUUGUCAUAAAAUAAUUCACCCUAAUCAUUUUAAAGAAUGAAGUCAGAGAACAAUGGCCGAAACCCAUUCACCAUUUGUGAAUAAAAUAUGUUUAAUACA